AUGGAAUCGGAUGAUUCGAUCGGUAUUCAGCGAAUGUCUCUCGGCCCAAGUGGUGCGGCACAUUUGCGUGAUCAGGUCGAUGCGAUCAAGUGCGAACCGCGAUCGGCGAUCGCAUGCGCUAAAGAAGAGAUGACGUCAGCUAUGCAAGGGCACCUACAAACAUACCUGAAGGAGGCCAUGGAACGUUUUCAUCAAGAUCAACGAGAACAAGCGUAUCAAGCAGUCUACCCAAGCCAAAGAAUCAAUCCGGCAAGAGUCCAAGAAGUGUAUAUCCCAGAUGUUGAGAUGGAAUCGGUGCGAUCGCAUCGCAGUCGAUCUAACCAUUUCGAUUUCGACGAUGCCGAUCCCGACGAUUCGGGCCAAGAAGAGCGGCGACGUGCUAUGGUAUCCACCACAGAGACGUUUCAAAACGGUGAUAGUAUCCCUCAACGCAUUCGAGUAUCCACGAUGACAGAGCUGGAGGAAUUCAGCGGCAAGGAUCGAGAUGAAGAUCGAGCCAGAAGCUGGAUCAGCAAAGUCAAGUCGGCAUUCCUGCGCGAUCAGGCGCCAGAUGAAGAAAAAUGUCUGGUAUUUGGCGAUCUGUUGACGGGACCUGCUCGGCAAGGUGUGUCAGUGGCCAGACAGUAUUAUCUCGCAAGGAAGCGAUCUGGUGAAACCCCGUUGGAGUACCUACAUCGUCUUAAUGUCGCGGCCAAGCUUGCCAAGAUCGCGAUUAAAGAAGAAAGACUGGCUACGGCAGCCACGCGUCGCGAACGUGUGGAACAUUUCAUCGCUACGCUGGACGACCGUGAUUUGGCGAAACAGCUGACUUUGCUGAGAUUGAGGGAUAUUGAUGAGAUGGAAGACACUCUCCGUGCAUGCCAACGAAUGGAGAAUCGUCAGAUAAAAUCGACGAUGGGAUCAAACAAAUUCCACCAGCGAGCGAUCGCACCUACUAACCCAAUGGCGUCCAAGACGACUCAGGUGAUGCGAUCGAUACGCGAAAAAGUCGAAAGCAGCGGAUCGGAAUCGGAGUCGAUCGGAUCCGAAGAGGAAGUGGAUCGUCGUCGCGUUUGUGUGACAACUACACCCGACCCAGAAAUACCAAACAAGGAUCAUCGCACCUGGCAGAAAAACACUGGCGAAGGAGAGGGACGCGACCAAAGUGGACGAUCGAAGGAGUGCACCCAUUGUGGAUCUACCAGACACGAUGAUCGAGGGUGUUGGAAGCGAUUGACGUGCCAGAAGUGUGGGCGCAAGGGACACCCUUCUGACAAAUGUUUCUUUGUGUGUGCAGCCUGCGGGGAGACACACGAGAGUGGCAAGUGCCCCAUGGAAGAAUUCUUCAAUUUGAUCCGAAAGUGGUACGUGCCUACGAAGCAUGCUGGGAUGUUUCCACCCAAGGUGGAGGAGAUGUUAAACUAG